AAAAAAACAAACCAACGAGGGUUACUCCUGAGGCGAUCGAUCCUGGAAGUUUGAGGGAGGGCCGUCGAAAUUCGGGCCUUGUUUUUCCGCUCUCGCUUUGCUGCCUGGAAGGGGAGACUCGGCGCCUUCUCUCGCCGCUCUGCUCCGUUCCAUCUUUUCUGCCCUGGAAGUCAUGAAAGAGAUUUUUUGCUGCUGGUGGUUAGCCAAGCACGCAGAAGAAAAAUUGGCCAAGUGAUUUAUGUGACACAGGGCUUCUUUCAAGAAAUCUGCACCAUUUAAAACAAUGGAAGUGCUUCCAGAACUUUAUGAUAUUUUUCAAGGAGAGGUUGCCUCUGUGACGGAGUAUGGAGCCUUUAUAAAAAUUCCAGGAAGCAGGAAACAAGGCCUUGUUCACAAAAGUCAUAUGUCAAAUUGCCGGGUAGAAAAACCCUCUGAGAUGGUGGAUGUUGGAGAAAAAGUAUGGGUGAAACUUAUAGGAAAAGAGAAGAAAGAUGACAAACUGAAACUGUCUCUUUCCAUGAAAGUUGUUAACCAAGGAACUGGAAAGGACAUGGAUCCCAAUAAUGUUGUCCUUGAUCAGGAUGCACGGAAAAAGCGCUCAUUCAAAGACUACAGCGGCCAGAAGAUUACUCUUGAAGCUGUUUUGAACACAGUCUGCAAAAAGUGCGGCUGCCCAGGUCAUUUUGCCAAAGAGUGCUUCACGCAGCCAGGAGGCAUCAAGUAUGCUCUUAUCCCAGAGGAAGAAGAAACCCCUGCAGAGGAAGAAAAGAAAAGUCAUCCGGCUGAGAGUUCCUUGAAGAAGAGAAAAAAGGAAAAGAAGAAGAAAAAGAAACACAAAAGUAGAGUCCCUUCUGAAUCGGAUAAUUCCGGCAGCUGCGAUUCAGACGCGGGCGGUGACCGGCCCGCCAGGAAGAAGGCGAAGCACGCGGAAAAGGCAAGCGCCUCCCAGAAGAAGAAGAAAAAGAAGCACCACAAGAAGAAGCACAAAGAAUGAGGAGCAGAUGCUAAGCAACAAGCCCCGCUGAUAGGACAUGCCUCCCACCCCCACCCCCUUUUCUUCCCUUUGGCUUCCCAGAGUAAUCAGUCAGAGAAAAGAACAGCUGAGAUAGUGCCUCUGGCUUUAAGGCAGAAGGAUUUUCCUUCUCUCAAUAGCAGCAUUGUUUCCUUGGGCAUUUCGAAAAGGCUGCCUCUUUUUUUUUUGUUCCUGCCAGGUGGAAAGGGGGAGGCAGAAAGGGGGAACCAGCUGGGCGUUCAUCUGGCCAGAUGUUGCACUGGUUCACAUGGAGCUUUUUAAAAAAAAGUCUGUAAUGCGUUUCUUCUGGGCCAGGUGCCAGGGCUGCAGCCAGCCCUUUGGGAACCACCCCAAGCCCUCUUACGCGAAGAGUGGGAGCACGGGCUGGAGGUGCAUAUUCUUUGGACGGGGUGACAGCCGGGUGUCGAUUUAUGCAUCCACCAGCCGCUUCGCACGCUAUUAGAAGCAGCAGCGGGCACAUCCUCUGAGCUGACAGUCUCGCUGCGGGCUGAUUGGUGCAGAACAAUCACUCCACUGCGUUGGCUGCGAUCCCAUUUGUCAGCAGUGCCGAAGCGAGGGAAAAUCCAUCAACCUUCUUAUAUAGAGGCAAUCAGGUUUGGCUUUUGUUUUGUAAAAAAAAUGAGUUAUGUGGUUAUCGCUAAUAAGUUAUGGAAUAAAACCGAUUUUGUUUUUGGA